CCCACGUACUCAUUUUCCAAAGAGUUGCCUGCAAUGCAAACUUUCAUUUUCUGUCAGAUCUAAAUGCACAAGGAGAAGGAAUGUUAUAGAUUGGUAACAGCCCUAUAGUGUGGGAAUUCCAUAGUACAGUUGGCUCAUGUUCUGCACUGAAACUGUGAAAGAGAACAGCACUUCUGGUUCAGACUUCAGCUUUCAUGAAUGGAACCCGAGCACACAGAAGAUACAUUAUGCCUUGGGGAGGCUCUGUGCCUGAGCUUCAUUGAUGCCUCUGGCUCCUGAACAUACAAGCCACUUGCCAUCUACUCAGUGUGCCUAAUAAAGUCCAACACAUUGUCCUUCGGCAGCUUUAACUAAAGCCAAAUAAAAUGAUGGCAUCUUUAAAUCAGAAAAUCCCAUAUUCUAUGACAACGUUACCAUCUUCCACUGUAAAUUCCAAUCAAACAGGCAAUUGCACGAGGAUAAUGGAGGAGAGGAAUGUGACUCUGGCUAUGUUUCAGCUGGUCCUUUUAGCUUUGAUCCUAUUUUUUGGGACAUUAUUUAACUCAUUUGCAAUAUGGGUUUUUUGUUUUAAGAUGAAGAAAUGGACAGAGACAAGAGUUUUAAUGAUUAGCCUGUUGUUCAGUGACUGUUGCUUGCUCAUUACCAUUCCCUUCCGUAUCUACGCCACACAGCACCAAUGGGACCUCCCCAGAGAACUGUGUAACGUCCUUACCUAUGCCUACUUUAUGAACACGUAUUUGAGUAUUGCCAUUAUUACACUGAUUUCUGUGGACAGAUACAUUGCAAUAAAAUUCCCCCUCCGAUCAAGAUCAUUUCGCUCCCCAAAGAAAGCCGCAUUGGCUUGUGCUAUUGUUUUUGCACUCUUGCUAUCUACACGCAUUUUUAUUUUACUCACCGGUGAUUCCAAGUUAUCAUCUCCUGGCUUCUGCUUCCGAAAGACAUCUACCAGACCAUUAAAGAGAAGUUUGUACUUCACCCUUAUGGGCUUUUACAUUCCUCUGCCCAUAAUCAUAUUUUGCACAACAGAAGUCGUCAGGUUCUUGAAGACAAAGGAUAAAGUGAGUGUAUAUGAACAUGAAUGCAUUCAGAAAUCCAUUAAAAUAAUGUCCGCCAAUCUCGUAAUUUUCCUGGUUUGCUUUUUGCCUCUGCAUAUUGGAAAUAUUAUCAGGUUUGUGAUUGAGAGUUUGAGUCUGGACUGCAUACUAAAAAAACAAAUCAACGAUUAUGUUUAUGCAGCACAAGUCAUCGGUGACCUAAACUGUUGCCUGGAUAGUGUCUGUUAUUAUUUUGUAGCCAAGGAAUUCUGGGAGUCAACAUCAAUGUUGCCAAGGUCAAACCAAUUAACACCAUUUCCAGAAACAGAAGACAUAAAUCUUUAGAAAUAAACUGUUUUACACACAAGAGUUCACAGAUUGGAAAUGACAUUUGGGAACUAAACAGCUCCUUCAAUCUUUAGGUUUAAGAAAAUGUCACGUUGGUUUCCUCUGUAAGACAUAAGUUCAUUUUGUAGGACGAGCAUUUCAGAAAGACUCCGGGCAAAACAGUGAGCAAGCCAUGAUUCACUAUGGAUAUUUGUGGACAAUCCUAUAUAUGCCAAAUCCUCUGGAAGCAGAGGUCAAUCUCCAGAUGAAUUUUUGCUAUUUAAUGUUUGUACUUUUUUUUUAAUUAUGUUAUUGUAAAUUGUUAUCAUAUGACCCCAUGUAUAUAAUAUAAGAAUGGCACAACUUUUUCAAAGAAUAUUCAUUAUGAAAUACAUAUUACUCUGUUAAAUAAUUUGAGGUUUACUGACAUUAUUUACAUAUUCCCUUUAAAGACAUUAGAGCUAAACCUGGGACUACACAAUGUGCGUCCUUCCGAUCCGACGCAAUGAGAGGAAGCGCAGGCGUCACUCACUGCAUUUUUUGUCAUGUGUAGUGUAAAGUUUUUCUAUGCCCCAGGGAUUUAGUUAUCAAGCCAGGCCGAGUUCUUUUUCCCAUAGGGUAGGGGGAGUAGUUCCCAGAGGUUAUAAAAAGGGAUGCUCCCAUGUGUUCUGCCUCUUUUUGGUGUACCCAAUUGCUGGAGGAGGUGCUGUGUUGCUGAUAGGGCCUGAAGCGGAGGUAACCCCCAGUAUAGGAGCAAGUGUCAGGUCAAAAAUUGUAAUAGGUCACUAUAGGAGUGACAGUUAGGUUCAGGAAAGUUAGUGAGCAGCUAAGGCUUCAAGAAGGAGUUUAGUGAAGGGUUGGCACCCUGCGGUGACAAGGCCGCAAGGUUAGGGACUCAAGAGGUAGAAAGAUCCUUGGAGCUUGAGACCAGCUGUGAGAUUCAUCUUCAAUGGGAAAUGUGCACCAAAGGCAGACAAGGCUACCCAGUGAUAAAGCUGACUAACAAAGGAUCAAACAAUAACCAUGAUAAAUAUAAUUGUGUGUAAAUGACCUGCUGCCACUACUUGUUCAUGGAGUGUACCAUCUGAGCAUACAUCUUGAAUAUGUGAUUAGCCAUUGAGAAGUGUACCACUAGUUCAAUAAAUUGCU